AAUAUUUUAUUAGAGUUAGAUAAAUCAAAAGAUAUAUUAGAAAAUGUUAAAAAUAUGCAAAUGCAAGCAUAUUCGGAAGUCAUUUAUAAAAGUAAAUUUAUUAAUUAUACUACAUCACAUCAUCAAG